AUGGAUAUCCGACAAUGCCAGAAGCAACGUCAAGGCUUAUCACUACGCAAGGAGGUUGCUACGGUUCUCGGUAUCGGGGAGGCAACAGUUGCGCGCGUGGUUGCUGAACAUAAUGGAAGUAAACACGAAGAAUUCUCACCACAAAAAAUCCAAGGCCGACCAAAAAAAACUUGA